AUGAUAAACAAAUUUGCAUAUAGUCCUGAAGAAUAAACUUAGUAGACAACUUAGGUCUAUCACUAUGGGUUAGUUUAAUCUACUCAUAAGCAAUAAGUAGAUAGAGAGUCGUAGCUGAAUUCAAUGUUUUCUUAGUUUUAGCAAGAUUUUACAUUUGAAGAAUUGAUGUAUUUUUUGGAUCAUUAGAAUAGAGUACCUUAUGAUAGAAAUAUAGCUCAGCAAUUAUUUUAAGAGUGUCACUCAGAGAAUUAGAGAAUUUAAGCAAGAGAUUUUAUAAAUUAAUUUCUUGAUACAGAGAGAAAUUUGAAUUUUAGAAUCAGCUAUUUUGAAUCUGAAAAAGAAGAGCUUGUAAAAUAAAAGAAUGAAUUAAUUAAAAAGCUAAAUUAAAUUAAGCCAAAUAAUGUGGAUAGAGUGAUUCUUAGUAUUUAAAGUGCAAAAAAUUUGGAACCUUUUGAUAGGUUUUCACCUGUUGAUGCAUUUGUGUAGGUAAUUUUUGAUGGCUAGCACAUGCAUUCAACUUAAGUUCUUCCAAAUAAUUAAAAUCCUGUUUGGAACGAAGUCUUUACUUUAGAUAUUCAACCAACAGGAUUUCUAUAAUCACAAAAAGAGAUAGUUUUGAUAGUAAAUGAUAGAAAGAGACUUGUUGUUCAAGAUGAAAUAGGCAGAGCAGUUAUCUACCUCAAAGAUUUAGAAAAAAAUAUGUUAGUUCAAAAAGAAGAUUAUUUAAAGAAAGGCGAUUAUAGGACCUAAUCAACAAUAGCAUACGAAGCCAAAUUUGUUUUAUCAGAAUCUAAGAUAUUGUAGAACGAUAUUAGAUUAAAAGAAGAAGAAAUAAAAUAAAAAAUAGAGGCAAUGAAACCCACUUAAAUAACUUUAGCAAAAUUAACCUAACUAUUUACUGAUGAUAAAAAUCCAUACUAAUCCAACUAGCUGAAGCAGGCUGCAUACAACCCUUCUUCAAAUGAUUUGUAUAAGAAUGUUGAAAACUCUAGAAAUAAUCAAGGAGGAUAUGGAACUGGAAGUGGAGUAUAUGAGUAAAAUAACCCAGUUAAUAUGCUAAAUCUAUCUGCAUAUUAUUUUCCUAAUAUUAAAGAGUAAAAAUUUGAAUAGAAGAUACUAGAAAAGUUAGAUUAACACACUUCUGAAGUGAUUGAGGAUUGGACUAAAGUUACCAUACUCUUUUUUGUUGCAACUACUUGUUUUUCCAUCGUUCAAUGCUUAUACAAGCCUUAAUUUUUAGAACUGACACUACUUCUUAUAUACAUGGGAUUAUGCUUCACUGGAAUUCUUACUCAUACUUAGCAUAGAUUUAUUAGCAUUAUACUUAUUAUAUCAUGGUUUUAUGAUGUGAUAUGGCUCAUCUUUUUGUCUACUAAAUGGUAUGGAUUCGAAGGGUAUUCUAACAUAGAUAGUGGUAUGAGAUCCUUUGUAAUUUUAAUUUGCAUUAUUUCAACGAUUUUUUCAAAGUUACCAUUUGUGAUCAGUAUGUGGAGAGCCUAUUUUAAAUUUGAUAAAUAUAAGGAGUAAAUAAUAAAGAUAAAAAACAAAGUUAUGCAACUAAACAAUUUAGGUGCAUCAAAUUCUGCACACUUCCUAUCAGGAUCUUUCUCUUAAUAAGCUUAAGUCAACAUAUAAAACUAGAAAUUAGGUGGUUAUUCUAUGCAAUAAUAAUAACAAAAUAAUUUAUUUAUUUAAAAUACACCAAAUCCAUACAAUAAAAGCUAAAAUAAUGGACUAUAAAAUCCUUAUGAAACUUAAUAUCAUCAAGUUUAAGUUUAGAGUCCAUAGUAAUAUUUCUAAGCUCAGUAUUAGUAGCCUGUUACAUAAUAAUAUGCUUUUUAAGCAAAUAGCUUUUAAUAAUAAGUACCACAGUAAUAAAGUUAACAUGUUAACGAUUAUAUCUACUGA